AUGUGGGAUGGAUCAGUAUUUUAUAAACAAAGGGUGACAUGGGUGAAGAUUUGCGGGAUUCCUGUGCAGUUUUGGGAUGAGAAUGUCAUAUCAGUCAUUGUCGAAAAGUUUGGACAUGUGUUGAUUCCAGCUAAUUGUUCCAAUGAUGCGAAAAAUUUGUCCUCUGCAAGAGUUUGUAUUUUAACCACCAAUCAGGAUUAUUGUAUAAAUCAAUGGGUAGAAGUUCAGUGGAAAAAGGUGUCAUUCAAUGUUAAAAUUCAAGAAGAUGGAGACUGGAAUCCGAAGAUAAAUCUUUCUGAGGAGGAUUCCGAUUCCGAUAAUGAUUUAGAAGAAGGUGAAAUGGUGGAUUCAUAUGACGAUGAUGAUGCUUGUGAUCGGAAGGGUGGUGAGAGAUGUGUUGAUGAAGAUGAUGUAAUGGCGGUUACCGGAGUGAAAUCGUUGGUGGUGGUCGGACAGACGCCGGAGGCAGGGGAAUACUCUAGAUCGGAUGACACGGAAGUUGAAGAGACGAUUGGUGAUUAUUUUGACAGGAAUUUUAAUGUAGUCGGCGCACAUGAGGGGGAAAGGUCGAGGAUAAUCUAUUGA